CCACAGUAGAUAUUUGGAGCUUCUGGGAAGCAGCUUCAAUAUAUUAAUUUCUGCAAUUUUUAUAUUCCAUGAAAACGCGCUUACUUUGCUAAAUCAGCAAUAACCCAUGAUCACAAUCAGUCCAGAACCUUGGUUUUUCCUCCAACCAUGGCAGAUUCCUUCACUGAAACAUUUAUGAUGAAUCAGCAGCUCUUCUUGUUCUUAUUUCUCGUGUUCAACUCUAUUAGUUCAUGCACAAUUGCUCAACAGAACUACCCGGGAAUUGUAGGAUGUGACGAGAGCGAUGCAACUGGACCGUCUCCUGCUUUCCUCUACACCUGCAAUGGCCAAGAACUGUCUUGCCAGACCUUCCUGAUCUUCAUCUCUCGACCUCCGUAUGAGUCGGUGACUAACAUAUCACUUCUCAUGUCUUCAAACCCAGAUGAGCUUGCUUGGAUCAACAAUGUCACAGUGCUCACAGUGUUCCCAACAAACAAGGAGGUGAUUGUUCCUGUAAAUUGUUCAUGCCAGGGUCAAUAUUACCAGGCUAACACCACAUUUCGUGUUACGGACACCGAUGCAAAAACAUACUAUGAUAUAGCAAAUUAUGUAUACGAGGGAUUAGGUACCUGCAAUUCUCUUCAGCGAUCGAAUCAACAUGGAGAAUUCGACUUGGCACCUGGUACGGAUUUGCUGGUACCUCUCCGAUGCGCUUGUCCUACAAGAAAUCAAACUACAAGAGGCACCAAGUACCUGUUGACAUACUUGGUUAACUUGGGUGAUAGUAUUGGAGAUGUUAGUGACAGAUUCAAUGUAAGUGAAGAAACUAUAAAUGCUGCAAAUGGUUUGAAGGAUGAUUCAACUAUUUUUGCCGACACGACAUUUCUAAUUCCGUUGUCAACUCAACCUUCAAGCGCACAAACCAUUGUGCACGAAAACCCCCCUGCCGAUUCACCUACGAGUCCUACAGUUCUUAAUCCUGGAAAAAGAAAAUCAAAGAAGAAGCUUUACCAGGUGCUUGGGGUUGCAGCAGCUUGUUCUUUGCUAGUUUUAAGUACAAUUAUUCUAGCUGCUGUCUUUCUGCCCUACAAGAAGAGGUCAGGCAAGGUUGUUGGUGAGAAUCAAGACAAAGCGAACCAAGCUUUUCCGGAGGAUCUUCGUGUAGAAAUUGCUAGCUUUGAGCAAGUUCUGAAACUUUAUGAUUUUGAAGAGACAAAUAAAGCCACAGACAACUUUAGUUCCGCGAACAGGAUAAAGGGUUCUGUGUAUCGCGGAGUGUUUAGUGGGGAAGUAUUAGCUGUGAAGAAGAUGAGGAGAUAUAUACAAGAGGAAGUAAAUAUACUGAAGAAGAUCAAUCACUUCAAUUUAAUCAAUCUUCAAGGCGCCUGCGAAAAUUGUGGCCGUUGGUACCUUGUUUUCGAGUAUAUGGAAAACGGGUCUUUAAGAGAAUGGCUUUCUGGGGACUGCUUGGGUGGAACUGGAAGCUGGACCAGGAGAAUUCAGAUUGCUCUUGAUGUUGCUAAUGGACUUCACUAUCUUCAUAGCUUCACUGAACCUGCUUAUGUACACAAGGACAUCAAGAGCAGCAAUAUUUUACUGAACAGCGACCUGAGGGCCAAAAUCGCAAACUUUAGUCUAGCCAGAGCCGCAUUGACAGACCCUGCUGGCUCGACGACAUAUGUCGUCGGAACAAGGGGCUACAUUGCUCCUGAGUACGUUGAGACGGGGCAAGUGACACCGAAGAUUGAUGUCUAUGCUUUCGGAGUGGUUUUGUUGGAACUAAUCACAGGAAAAACUGCAGUCUUUAUAAAGGAUGGAAAAGAAAUUCUACUUUCCAGUGCUGUCAUUUCCAUAAUGGAAAAGAAGAACAAUGAAGCUGAGCUAGCGCUCUUUGUCGAUCCUUGUCUCAGAGGACGUGACGGGAUAGAAUUUGCAGUAAGGGUAGCCAAAGUGAGUGUGGCUUGUUUGACACAAGAACCAUCAAGGAGGCCUAGCAUAGAGGAAGUAGUGUCGAGUAUGCUAAAAAUUCAGAUAGAUUUACAGAAACUCUCAAGCUCAGGAUCAUUGUCUCCGGACUCACUUUCAGGACAUAGUUCAACUACUUCAUAGUUAUGAUUCCUUGUACAUAUAUACUUUGACCAAUUAUGAUAUUGAAUUCUUCAUGUUA